AUGCAACGCAGAAGAGGACCAGGCCCAGAGAGAGUGGAGGAGAACGACUUGUGGCUACCAUUCUGGAAACAUAUGUCCGCAGAACAACUAAGAGAACGGAGAGGCAUGUUUGACGGGUGGAUGGCACAAUGGCGACAAGGUCUUUCGGAUGAUGCAGAGGGCCGAGAAAUGGAACAAGCGCUGGAGGAACAGGUGGAAGCAAUGAGAAAUUCCAUCAACAACAGGCUGGCCGAGCUGGAGAGGGAUGGCAGUAGGAGGAGACAACAGACUCGGCCUGGGCGCCCGCCCAAGAGAGCGAGGUCCUCCCCUGCCGAUGACCUACCUCCGCCGAAAAAGACGAAGGUUCCAACAGGCUCAAAGACGGCGCCGGUAGACAUAACCAGCGAUGGAGACUCGGGUGAUGAUGGAGAGGAUACGGACAAGCAGCCGCCGCCUGCUGUAAAGACGACGAAAACAGCUAGAGCUCCGAUCAGCAAGCGUGUGCCUAACGCUACAGGCCCUCGAUCUGUGCCUGCGCCCCAUCCACUGGCAAGACCUGUUCGUCGCGGAAUGCCUUCAAAUGGAAGGCAGCCGCGCGUGUCUGUCGAAGAGUCGUCGAGCGACGAGUCCAGCGACGAAUCAGACGACCUGGAUGAUAUCGAAGCAAUUGAACCCUACAACAUGAAGGCGCUCAGGGCACCGGCCCCUCCGAGAGCGCACAUGCCUCAGUCUUCAACAGGGCGUCGACCCGCUCAUGGAACCGUCAAAAAGAGAAGAUUUAUCUAUAGCGACCAGGAGACGACCGACGAAGAGCUCAGUGACGAAGAUACCGAUGACGAAGAUAUGAAUGACGUAACUGGCGAGGACUCGGAGGACUCUGAGUCGGCGCCGCCUCAGAGGAGUUUUAUCCCAGGGGCCGUUCGUAUGAAGCCUUCUGCGACUCGAGCAGUGCCAAACGUUGCUCAUAAGCCUGUUCGGGGACCUAUACGUAGAAAGUGA